AUGGAUUCCACAGGGCUGAGCAGGAAGUUCAAAUCCAAGUCAACCACAGAGCCAAAGGGAUUCCCUGGGAUGUGGCAGUUUCCUAAAGAUCCCAACAAGUGUUGCAUCUACAGAGUCCCUGAAAGUCUGCGAAGAGUAAACACAGAAGCAUACACUCCCCAACUAGUCAUCAUUGGACCUCUUCACCAUCAUAUGAAAUCCCAAGCUCUCAGGUCUCUUGGAGAUAUCACAAACACAAAGUCAGUGGGCUACUUAAACGUGGAAGCGAAUAAGAAAAUCUACCUUGCUAAAUUUGGAGAAAGGUUUGAUGGGAAUGAAACCAUUGAUUCUUUCAGAAGAACAAUCAAACAAGAGGAAGAGAGAAUCAGAGAAAGCUACUCAGAAUCAACGACAUGGAUUGAAUCUUCAGAGUUCGUGGAGAUGAUCCUGCUCGACUCUGUUUUCAUACUAGAGUUCUUUCGAAGGAACGUUUUCAAUAUUCGUGGAGUGAAAACAGGGGAUCCUCUCAUUGACGAGCCUUGUCUUAGAGAGACAAUCAACAAUGACCUCACCUUGUUAGAGAACCAGCUUCCUUACUUUAUCAUCCAUAACCUCUUCCAUCCACUCUUCUCUUCAGACUUUGCAUUCCGUCGAUUGAUCAUCAGCUGCUUUGGAUUCAAAAACAAGAUCGGAGACGACUCAAAUUUCAGUCAUUUCACUGAUUUGGCCAGAUGUGUCCGCGUUGAAUCACUUCAAGGGCGUGCUCAACGGGAAUUCAAACACUUUGAACAUAUGUUAAACGCAGAUAAGCUACAUAGUGGGGGAGUGAAAUUCGAGGCGUUGGAAGAAAAGCUCUCUCUGGAGGUGAGAUUUGAGAAUGGUGUUUUAAAGAUGCCUCGUCUUUUGAUCGCUGAUAGUUCGGAAAUGACAUUGAGAAACAUAAUGGCGCUUGAACAAUGCCACUACCCUUACACCGCAUAUGUCUCUAGUUACGUCACCUUCCUGGAUUACCUCAUCGACACGGAUAAAGAUGUCGAGUUGCUUGUGGAGAAAGGGAUAAUAAAAAACUGGAUUGGGCAACCCAGCUCGGUCGCAAAUAUGGUGAACAAGCUCUGUUUGGGCACCAUAAAUAAUGGCUCUUACUAUUAUGAUAUAGCGGAUAAAGUCAACGCUCACUAUACAAACCCACUGACUAGGUCAAAAGCCAUCCUGAAACGCGUUUAUUUCGGUAACAUGUGGAUUGGGACGGCAACUGUCGCCGCCACGUCACUAUUGCUGAUGACACUCGUCCAGACGGUUGCUUCAAUCAUUCAGGUUUUGCAGAACGCUUAG